GAAGCGAAUCCAAGGUGGAUUCUCCGGGGAUCCCGGGCCGUGAGCCGGAGGGAGGUGCCGAGCUGCUCCUGGGGAAGCUGGAAACACGGAGCAUGAUGGAAUCCCGGAUCAAACGGCUGGCCACGACGCUGAUGGACGCCACGACGGACAAGGAGCCGCUGGUGCAGGAGCAGAUCUACGAGGCCCUGUGCGUGCUGGGCGAGGCCGAGCCCGAGGAGAUCCUGCACUCCUGCGACGAGUACCUCCGGCAGCACGACAAGCUGGCCUAUCCCCACCGGGUGAUCAUCCUGAAGGCCAUGGAGACGGUGGUGAGGAACAACAUCGACCUGCUGGACAAGAGCACGGCCAAGGUGGUGAUUUUCCUGGCCUCCAGCGAAAUGACCAAGUCCAAGGGAUGGGCCGAGCUCCUCCGGGCAGGGAGGGAGGGUUGGGUGGAGAUUCUGUUCCUUGUGGAGCUCUGGGAAGCCCCCCUGGGUGUGGGUUUGGGGGUCCCUGGAUGUCCCUCCGUGUCCCUGCAGCUCAGGCUGGCCGUGGUGGAGGCCCUGGGGCCCAUGAGUUACCUGAUGCCCAGCGAGAAGCUGGAGGAGCAGCUCCCAAAGCUCAUUCCCGGCAUCCUGGGCCUCUACAAGAAACACACCGAGGCCUUUUACAUCUCCAAGAGCCUGUCCCAGAUCCUGGAGGCCUCGGUGAACAUCGGCAGCCGCAGCCUGGACGUGCAGCUGGACGCCCUGCUGGGGACCCUGCACCCCCAG